AAAAAAAAAAAAAAAAAAAGAAAACUUCUCAGCUGAAUCACGCUGCUCCCCCUCUUUCAUUUCUUCCCUCGCUUCAUUUCAGUGAGACGGAGUGUAGCUCAUGCAGUACCCAGCAGAAGCAAGCAGAAUGCAAGGAAUCCACAGUAUUCCCCUGUCUCACAGCAGAAGCCCAGUUUACUACUAAAGGACAAGUGAGGAGAGGAAAGAGGCAGAGCCAGGGAGCAGUCAGGGGAGGAUUCGCACUGCAGGAUUCACAUUGAGAGCUGGAACGUACGGUCUUGUUCUGCUCCACUCUGCUCUGCUCUCGUCCUGGUGCCUCAGGUGUGUGCUCCUCCCUCCCUCCUCUGUGGUGCCUGCUGUCAGCUCCAUCCCUGGGUGGCUGAGGCCAUGGUGUUGGUGCUGCGAGCCCUGCUGCCCUGCCUUUGCACCCUGCUCUCCCUGGACCUGCUGCCUGGGGUGGACCCCGCCGUGCCCCUGGAGGACUUCUACCCCUUUGGCCAGGACAAGGGGGACACCCAGACCAUCGCUCAGGACGACGGAGGCUCCGGGCUGGUGGAGAUCUCUGUUGCUUUCCCCUUCUUUGGAGACCGGCACACAGGACUCUAUGUUAACAACAAUGGCCUUGUAUCUUUCCUGAGGGAGGUAUCUCAAUUCACACCAGUAGCUUUUCCAAUCGCUGGGGACAGACGGGUCGUAGCACCCUUCUGGGCUGAUGUGGACAACCGUCGGGCUGGGAGAGUCUUUUACAGAGAGAGCCUGGAGCCGUCCAUCCUGAGUCGGGCAUCUGGUGAUGUUCGGAUGUACUUUUCAGAGUUCCCCAGCUUCAAGGCCGUGUGGGUCCUCAUCUCAACAUGGCACCAAGUUACUUUCUUUGGAGGCAACUCCGUCACACCGGUAAAUACUUUCCAAGUGGUGCUCAUUACAGACGGAGAGCUUUCCUUUACUAUAUUCCAGUACAAUAAUAUCACUUGGACCACAGGCAUGCAUGCCAGCAGCGGAGGAAACCUGGCUGGGCUGGGAGGGAUCGCAGCGCAGGCAGGUUUCAAUGCUGGUGACGGCAAGCGCUAUUUCAACAUCCCCAGCUCUCGCACGGCUGAUGUGGUGAACGUUGAGGGGACCACCAACGUGGGCUACCCAGGCAAAUGGGUGUUCCGUAUUGACAACGCACACGUAGAAGUGGGUGGCUGCAAUAACUCAGCAUCUGUGUGCCCACACCUGCGACCGUGCCUGAAUGGAGGCCAGUGCAUCGACGACUGCAUUACAGGCAACCCCUCCUUCACCUGCUCCUGCUUGGCCGGCUUCACCGGUAGACGCUGCCAAAUCGAUGUAGAUGAAUGUGCCUCAUAUCCUUGCCAGAAUGGAGGGACUUGUAAAGACCAGAUUAACAGUUUCAUCUGCCAGUGUCCUCCUGCAUACACUGGGAUUGUGUGUGAAACAGACAUCGACGAGUGCAGAGACAGGCCGUGCCUCAACAACGCGUCGUGUGUACAAGGCGCCGGCACUUUCACCUGCGCAUGUGAACCGGGCUACACUGGGGCACUGUGUGAGACAGACAUAAAUGAAUGUGAGUCGCAGCCUUGUCUGAAUGGAGGAGAAUGUGUCGAUCGACUGGCCAACUUCACCUGCGUGUGUCCCGCUACCUUCACCGGAGCGCUCUGUGAGACAGAACUGGUAGCACUUCAGGUUAAUUCAACUGAGGCAGAAAACCAAACAGCUUUGUGCGGAGACGAUGAUUGCAACAAGCAUCAGAUUUGUGAACACACUAGCUCCGGGGUCUACAACUGUACAUGCGCUCCGGGCUUCUACGGGGACAAGUGUGAAGAGGAAUGUCAUUGCGAGAAUGGGGGUGUCUGUGUGGACAUCAAUGGGACAUGUGAAUGCCCUUCAGGCUACACAGGACUCUACUGUCAGUUCGAAGCUACCCAAACGCCAUGCAGUCAUGGCAGGCUGUGCCCUGAUGGAGGCCCUUGCUUGGAGUUCGGGGGAGCAUACCUGUGUACGUGUCAGACCAGUGUAGCAGAGCUAGAUCUCAAGGACUUCGAUCCCUAUGUACAGCCCCGAUCGGUCUGCGACUCCUCUCCAUGUCUGAAUGGGGGUUACUGCUACGAGCGGGACGGGGGCUACACCUGCGAAUGCAAAUACGGCUACUGGGGGAAGCACUGUGAGAAAGUUAGACUCAACACUUGUGCUUCUGGUCCCUGCCGCAACGGUGGCUCCUGUAAGGAAGAGGCGGGAAGCUACAGAUGUGUGUGUCCUUACAGAUUCACUGGGAAACACUGUGAAGUGGGGAAGCCAGACCCCUGUGCCUCCACCCCCUGUCUAAAUGGCGGGACGUGUUUUCACUACAUUGGAAAGUAUAAAUGUGAAUGCACCGAGGCCUUCAGUGGCAGACACUGUGACAUAAACAGGAGCUCAGUGCAAACCUCUGCAGAGCUGAGCUGUGGGCCGCCCCUGCAAGUUAAGCAUGCCGAGGUCCAGUUCUCCUCGACAACACCGGGCUCCAUGGCCGUGUAUAUUUGCCACUCAGGCUUCAUGUCUGUGCCCAGAGCCACCCAGAGCAUCUGUGGUAUUCAGGGAGACUGGAGCCAGCCACCAGUUUGUGAGGAGAUCAACGAGUGUCUAUUACAGCCUUGCCUUAAUGGUGGUACCUGUCAAAACCAGGUGGGAUCCUACCAGUGUGUGUGUAAGGAUGGCUUCAGUGGAAACGGCUGUGAAACAGAGACACACACAUGCCUGUCUGAACCCUGUAAGCACGGGGGGACUUGCGAGGACCAGCCUGGAUCCUACUUGUGCCACUGUCCACAAGGGUUCCAAGGCCAGAACUGUGAAAUAGAGCAGGAUGCGUGUGAAUCCAACCCCUGCCUAAAUGGAGGAGUGUGUCGGGGCUACAGGCGGCAUUAUGCGUGCGUGUGCAAAGGAGGUUUUUUCGGGGACCAGUGCCAGAUGUUGGAAGAUCCAUGUGUACUGCAGCUUUGUGGAAACCGUGGCGUCUGCAGGACUGACAGGAGAGGAAACUACUACUGUGUCUGCAAAACAGGAUACACAGGCAAAGACUGUGAGAAAGACCUGUUGCCUCCCUCUGGUCUUCAUGUGCUGCGCGUGGAAGAGAGCGAGGUGGAGCUGCGCUGGGACGAGCCGGAGUCCUCGCACAGCCUGAUCAGCGGAUUCGCUGUCACCUACGCUCCACUGGGGCGAGGGGGUGACCCCAAAACAGAUUACCUGGACAGGCAUCAGUCCACCCACGUCAUGCGGGGCCUGGUGCCCGGCCUGCUCUACAACAUCUCCACCUUCUCCAUCAAACGCAGCACCAACAGAAAAGACUCCAGUCAGCCUGCCACCGCACUGAUACGCACCAGACCUCGGCGGGUGGAGGAGCUGCAGCUGGUGAAUGUGUCCUCAUCUCAGGUGUGGCUGCGCUGGCUGGUUCAGGCGGCUCGUCAUGCAGCGGUCAGCAGGGUGCACGUGUCUCUGCUGCCCUCAGAUGGAAGCGAGGCGCGCACUGCAGUGCUCAACACCAGCACCACUGAGUACAGCUUCAGUUCGCUACUUCCUGGUCAGAUGUACACAGUGGACGUGUUGACUCAAAGUGGAAUCAGACCAGAUGAGUUUCCCUCCACUAGCCUCUCAGUUGGACCACUGCAGUUCUGGAGCAGGCCUCUCCCCCCACAGAACCUCUCCCUGUCACAUGUGACCACGAACUCCGCGCUGAUCACCUGGAGCCGCCACCCGAGAAGUGUCCCAGAUGGCUUUGUGGUCAACGUGACCCGAGGGUUGAAUACCAGGAGUCGCUUCCUGCCCAACGGGAAGCUAGGAUCGUAUACCCUCCGUGAGCUGACGCCAGGACAGCAAUACUAUCUGGCUCUUACAUCCGUCAAAAGCACGGGGCAGCAGCAGAUCCACAGCUUUCCUCAGCACUUAGCCUUCACUACCUUGCCAAUGGAGGGGAGAUCACCGAGGAGAGAGAGGCCAGCGGCGACUGGUCAGGGGAUGCAGGUGGGACGCACACCUCCCCCAUCUCAGCCUCAGGACCUGGGAGGUGCAGCAGUGAUGGAGAACUCUGAGGAAAUUCCCAGAUACACAGAGCUCAUUGACAGGAGAGGAAAGAUAACGGCUAAGUUGACUCACUUACCUCGAAAAGCCAUUCGACAUCGUAAUAAGCCUGAGCCUCCGAUUAGAUUAGAGAAGAUGGAAGAAACAACAAACAAAAUCAGCCUUGCACUAGAGAUUCAAGAAGAAGGUUUAAGAAGGAAGCCUGAGUCGCCCCAGGACUGUCGCAGUCUGCCCUGUCAGAAUGGGGGUACAUGUGCGAGUGGAGGAGACUCCUUCAUCUGCGACUGUGCAGUGGGGUUCAAGGGCAAACAGUGUGAACUAUCCUGCCAGCGAGUGCCCCACCCAUGUACCCGUAUCUACUCUGAAACAAAGAGUGUGCCUGUCUGGGAGGGUGGAGUCUGCCACUACCUAUACAAAAGAACGUAUAAAGUACAGCAGGACGUCUGUUAUCGAGAGGUUUGUGAACCAGUGCUUCCGAAGAAAAGUCAGACAGCCAGAAGAACACACAGACAACAAUAAAGAGCACUUGGUUAACCGAUGAAAGGACUGUUGUCACUGUCAUGUGAAAACCUCCUUACUUCAAUUUUGGUGUUUAUAAUCUACUUGAACUGAUUAUGGUCAUUUUUUUUGUGCUGAACACCCGUGUCAGAGCCCACUGUAACAUUUCAGACACACAUCGUCAUUCAUCUGAAAAUGAGGUCGCUUUCGUCAACGUCCCGAGAGCUGCAGUCUGUUGCUCCCUGUUUUCGUGAAGAAGCUUCGGUCGACCCAGUGAAAAUGGCCCCAAAUCAUUUAUCAUUUGUGAUGUUUGAUGACUCAUAUUUCAUACAAACUCUUGUAUGCAAAUGUCAUUGGAAAGCAGUCAACUGCAGUGCAUCAGAUACCUUAUAUACCUCAUUUCCAUGUCCAUGCUGACACAUUAGGAGAGGUUUUUUUUUAUUGUAUUAUUUGUGAUUCAGCUGCAGGUUUGUCCCUCAGGGAAAUAACUGUAGAGUGUUCAGAGUCCCGGUCUUUUCCCUACUCCGGCCACAUGAGCUCCUUAUAAAGAUGAUGGGAAAACUUUUUUUCCACACCCCAUAAAUUCAUCUUGUCCUCUGACAAUGGUGCACAGUGUUAUUUGUGUAUAAAUAUCUGUUUCUGUGUCUUUGCAGGCAUCAGUGCCUCAUACUUUGUAAAUAGUGUUUAUAGGCCAUUUUGUAGGUGAAUAUUUUAUUAAUAAAAAAUUUAAAAUGUU